UGUUGAUAGAACAAGGGCUGUUUGAACGUCCAAUCAGCACGUACGGAGGCGAUCAAGCACUUCCAUCUCCGAAUAUAUAUUCCAUCGUCCCCUCGAGCCAGCGAAACAUCAAUCAAGAUCCUUUCUCGAUAUCCGCUAACCACCACCAAAUCAAAUCAAAUAUAACCAACAUGACAAUUGACCACAUUUCCUUCAACGUCCCAUCGCCGCGUUACGAAGAAGUCGUGGCGUGGUAUCUCAAAGCCCUAGCGCCACUCGGCUACGUCAAACAGGACGAAAUCAAAGAUAUCGCCUGCGGUAUUGGAGACACACCACACAAGUCCAAGUUCUGGAUCGGGCAGACGGACGAUGCUUCGAGACAGCUGGGCGGCGUGCUGCAUCUCGCGUUCACCGCGAAAGACCACGACGCUGUAGACAAGUUCUUUGAGGAGGCGAUUAAAGCUGGCGGCAAGGAUCAUGGGAAGCCUGGAAUCAGGGAGAAGUAUCAUUCGAACUAUUACGGAGCGUUUGUGAUUGAUCCUCUUGGGUGA